AUGGUUGAUCAGACUCCGGAGUUAAAGGAGGAUGGCGAGUUUCUCGAUAUUAUUAAGAAGGAUAAUGGGUACCACUACGCGGUUACCGAAGGGGCGUUGGACAAGAUAUUUUUUUGCGCCGAUGAAAAUCUCGUCCCAGAAGGUUUUAAAGCCAUCCCUAUACCGACGGACGUACCAGUUCCCCGUCUUUCCGCCCGGGAAGGGCCUGACACCCGGCCGCCGAGCGAAAACGGAACUCCAAUUAUACCUUUAAAAAAUAGCUCCAUGAGGUCGAGAAUCAGAAACUUCUUUCAGCAUACCGAGAGGUCUCAUAGGCCUUUGGUAGAAUACAUUGGACCCGCAGAAUACGCUGCAAUUGAUGGAAAGCUGAGGAUAUCGUUAGAUCUAGAUAGCACACCAGUAUCCUCAAAGAUCGACCUUCCAAGCAUUGCCUUAGACAAGACAGAUAUUGCCAAUCUACACUCUGCGGUAAGGGCAAUAACUUCGGGGAAGGAUUUAAUAAUCACAGCCGCAAUCGAAAGAUAUGGCGAAAAUACCUAUGACCAGAAGAUGCCGCUUCUGGUUUCUAAGACCAGAAUGCAUAAUAUCUAUACUCUUGGAGCAAAUAUCCACAAGCAAGGUGGAAAUCAGCGCCAGUAUUAUAUUCGAGCGCUCACCACGGUAGUGUAUGUUUUAUUUCCGGUGUCAUAUGCCGCAUGGCACGCCUUGUAUUGGAAUAGCCACUUUCCAACGGCGACCGAGUCACGCCUAUGGAAGAUAUCAUCGAUAGUUGUAGGAAUUGUUCCCUUGAUUUUUGAGCUCGGCUUUGUUAUAGAUGGCGAGGACUCUAGGGUUAAAAGGCUGCUUGAAUGGGUUGAAGUAAGAGUUGAUCGGUUGUUUCUGCACCUCCUUCCUCCAGCUAGCCAUACCUCUCGUAUAGGUAAGAGGGUAGCUCAUAUAGUGGAAAUCGUCGGGCAGUGCCUUGUUGUCGUUCUCCUUUUCUUUCUUACUCUUGGUAGAUGUUUCCUUGUGAUUGAAGCGUUCAUCAGCAUAAGAAGUCUUCCGCAUGACUCUUUUCAAACUCCGUUUUAA